AUGUUAAUCUUCUCCUGGAACUGUCAAGGAUUGGGAAACAUCUCGACAGUCCGUAAUCUUAAGGCGUUUCUCAGGGCUUGCAACCCUCAAAUUGCUUUUCUUUCUGAAACUUUAUUGAAUGAGGUAAAAUCAGUUAAACUAUUUUCUUCGUUAAAUUUUGACAAUUACUAUUGUGUUCCUGCCAUCGGAAGAAGUGGAGGUCUAGCUAUUUUGUGGAAUGAUUCUAUAAGAAUGGAAAUCGUAUGUCCUGAUAAGAAUGUCAUCCAUUGUCGUAUCAAUAAUUUCUUGGAGCAAGAGUGGGAUCUAUUUGGUGUUUAUGGACCACCCAACCAUCAAAAGAGGAAUACCUUCUGGCAGAAUUUCCCUCAAUAUACUUCUCAGGUUCAGAACCCUUGGUUUAUGGUGGGAGAUCUUAACACUAUAAGUUCCAUUUCUGAUAAACAUGGUGGAUGGCAAAGUUUGAAUCCAGUUAACCAAGGUUUCAAGGAUUUCAUUCAAGACAAAAGCUUAAUUGAUAUGGGAUACAUAGGUCCAGCUUUCACUUGGUCCAACUGUGCUACUAUGAAUGACCUAUCUUUGAGAGGCUCGAUAGAGCAUUAUGCACCACUGAAUGUCUAA